AUGCAGGUGACCGUGACAUCAGCAGAUGGAGACCAAGUCGCUCAGAUCAGCGUCGAGUCCACGAAAAGUCUCAGCUCGGUGGCGCCACAGCUUCAGCAUCAGUUUGACAUCCCUGCAGCGAGGCAAGUGCUUUUGCUGAAUGGCCAACCGCUACGUGGGGAGCAGACGUUUGAGCAGGCAGGGGUGAAAAAUAACGAUCUUCUGGUGAUUAUGCACACUCCCUCGUCUGCAUCGGCUCCUGCUGUUGCACCAAGCUUUGCGGCUCGUCCAGGCAUGAAGUUGCACGAGAUUCCGGGAAACGCUUCACCGGAAGUUCUUCUUGACAUUAUGGACGAGAACCCACAUCUUCUAGCCGAGUUGCAGCAGACAAACCCUAAGUUGGUGACAGCACUUCAGACCAAGAGCGUGUCGGAAGUACGCAUGGCGUUGAUGCAGAUACACAUGGCGGCUGCGUCGCGAACGUUCGAGGAACAACAGGAGAUCACGGCCUUGGAUCUAAAUCCGUUCGACGCUGAUGCCCAAGCGAAAAUCGCCGAGCGUAUUCGUUUAUCGAAUGUUCAGAAGAAUAUGGAGAUUGCGAUCGAGGAGAUGCCCGAGGCGUUCGCGCGUGUCACUAUGCUGUACAUUCCUUGCACAGUGAACGGGACGCAAGUGAAGGCGUUUGUCGAUUCCGGAGCACAGUCGACUAUCAUGUCGUCGAGUUGUGCCGAACGAUGUGGGAUCAUGCGUCUCGUCGACAAGCGUUUCGCUGGCCAGGCUGUGGGUGUCGGCACGGCCACGAUCAUCGGCAAAGUUCACAUGGCCGCACUGAACAUUGGCGACGAGUUUUACAACUGCAGCUUCACGAUUCUGGACCAGCAGGGCGUUGACUUUCUGUUCGGACUCGACAUGCUCAAGCGCCAUCAGUGUUGCAUUGAUUUAGGCAAGAACGUGCUGCGUCUCCACGAAAGCGACCGCUUCCACGAAGUUCCUUUUUUGCCCGAACACGAAAUCCCGUCGUCGGAAAAGCGUGCGGAUUUCGCGCAACCUCCUGCCCCCGUUGGCAAUAUCCCGAUUCCACCUUCAGCUCCAAGUCGUGUCCCGACUUCUGCACAAGGCGUUGCUCCUCCAGUGCUCCCGCGUGGUGACCAAACCGACCAAGCAAAGAUCGACCAACUGGUGGCACUGGGCUUUCCAAUGCAGCAGGCACUUCAAGCUUUGCAGACUUGCAGUGGCAACGUCGAAAUGGCUGCGGGGUUGUUAUUCGAGAGCAUGUAG